AGUUGGGCCUGGCUGGAACCGGGGUGCCCGAGGGCGCGGACUGAGGACAAUCCGGGGAAUCGCGGACCCUGUCGCUGGUUUGCCAGAGAGAGUCCCAAACACACACAACACAGACUGAAAAACAAAAAUCUAUAUACACAUAUAUAUAUAUAUAUCUUUAAAAAAAAAAUCAGCGACUCUCCUGACCGAGGAUACGAAGAUGAGCAGCUCGGAGGAAGUGUCGUGGAUUUCCUGGUUCUGUGGACUGCGUGGCAAUGAGUUCUUCUGCGAGGUUGAUGAAGAUUAUAUUCAGGACAAGUUCAAUCUGACAGGACUGAAUGAGCAGGUGCCUCAUUAUCGUCAAGCGUUGGAUAUGAUUCUCGACCUCGAGCCAGAUGAGGAGCUGGAGGACAAUCCAAACCAGAGUGACCUGAUUGAGCAGGCUGCCGAGAUGCUGUACGGACUGAUCCACGCUCGCUACAUUCUCACCAACCGGGGAAUUGCACAGAUGCUGGAGAAAUACCAGCAGGGAGACUUCGGCUACUGCCCUCGAGUGUACUGUGAGAACCAGCCCAUGCUUCCUAUUGGUCUGUCUGAUAUUCCAGGUGAGGCCAUGGUGAAGUUGUAUUGCCCCAAGUGCAUGGACGUGUACACACCAAAGUCUUCACGGCACCACCACACAGAUGGAGCUUACUUUGGCACAGGCUUCCCCCACAUGCUCUUCAUGGUGCAUCCAGAGUACAGGCCCAAGAGGCCAGCUAACCAGUUUGUUCCAAGGCUGUACGGUUUCAAGAUCCACCCCAUGGCCUACCAACUCCAGCUCCAAGCCGCAAGCAACUUCAAGAGCCCUGUGAAGACUAUUCGUUAACAGAAUUGGCAACGUCUCCAAAUGCCCACAUACUACAGUGCGUCGGCAGGCGCAAGAUAUGCCACAAGGCUGUAGAUGGUGUCCACUUUAACAAAAAGAAACUGCUUUCUUGCCCUCCACGCCCCCCCCCCCCAACACUUCCCCUUAAAACUUAUACUUUUUUUUUGUGUCAAGUUUUUGCACCCAAGCCCCUUGUGUCCCAUUUACAGAGUCUUGAACUGAAGUUGGUGCCAAUGGAUUUCUUCCAGUGGAAAAAUACUUAAAAACAUUUUGUCAAAAAAAAAUGUGUCAGCCGGAAUAGUUAUUUUCAUUUCAAACUGAAAGCUGCGUCUUUCCGGCCCACACUUGUGGGCGGUUUCGAAUGGCCUCGAGGCUUGUGUCUUGUUUCCCACCCCCUCCUCCUCCUCCUCCCCCCACCCCACCCCCCCGAGGCAUUGUUGUCAUUGGGAUCUCACUGGAGUGUGACGGUGCAAAGGAAACUUCACCACUCCAUUGGCGAAUCACCCAGCGGGUACAGUUCAGACAUCAGGGAUGUCUGGAAUGAAGCCUUUUGAACUGUCCAUUACCAGGGUGUAGGAUUGGUGCUUACGUCACUGCUGUCUCUGUUGGUAGGGGUUGGGGGGGGUUGGUGGCAAUUUAAAUUGAUGAAUUAAAGGCAUCACAGGUUUCACAGCGUUUUAUGGUGCAGUCGUUAAACUGCCAUUUUUCUAUAACUGUAGGUACCAACGCCAAAUUACCCAAGUGACGCAACUGUUUAGGGGGAGAGGUGGGUGGGAGUUGAGGUCAUAGCCUUUUGAGUGUAAGUUGUAUUUUCUGGGCUCCACUUUUGCAGCCUCAAAGUUGCUCGAUGCCAUUCUUUACUGUAUAAACUAUAAAAUACAGCAUGUACUUGUGGUGGUGGCAGAUAAUUUUGAAGAAAUCCUGAUCAUUCACUUCAGAAGCAGAGCCCCAUCCUGUCAUCGAUGAGUGACUGUAAUUUUAUUCAUCACCUAGCCAGGAGUGAACGGGUGUUUGAUUCCGUUAUUCAUUUUGUCCCUUUGUCUACUCCAGGUAAGUUGAGGUCAUUCGCUGUAUUGUAUGUAUUGUAUAAAGGAUGUUGACUUGGUAAAAGCUGCCUGUGUUAUGUUUUUAAAAAAAAAACAUGUUGAAUUGGUUUAGGGAUUGUUACUAAUGUUUAUUUCUGAAUAAACACAGAAUUGAAGAAA